AUGGAAAAAAUAAACAACGUAACUGAAUUCAUUUUCUGGGGUCUUUCUCAGAGCCCAGAGAUUGAGAAAGUUUGUUUUGUGGUAUUUUCUGUCUUCUACAUAAUCAUUCUUCUGGGAAAUCUCCUCAUCAUGCUGACAGUUUGCCUGAACAAUCUGUUUAAGUCACCCAUGUAUUUCUUUCUCAGCUUCUUGUCUUUGGUGGACAUUUGUUACUCUUCAGUCACAGCUCCCAAGAUGAUUGUUGACCUGUUAGCAAAGGACAAAACCAUCUCCUAUGUGGGGUGCAUGUUGCAGCUCUUUGGAGUACAUUUCUUUGGUUGCACUGAGAUCUUCAUCCUCACUGUGAUGGCCUAUGAUCGCUAUGUGGCUAUCUGUAAACCCCUACAUUAUAUGACCAUCAUGGACCAGGAGAGAUGCAAUAAGAUGUUAUUAGGGACAUGGGUAGGUGGGUUCUUACACUCCAUUAUCCAAGUGGCUCUGGUAGUCCAGCUACCCUUUUGUGGACCCAAUGAGAUAGAUCACUACUUUUGUGAUGUUCACCCUGUGUUGAAACUUGCCUGCACAGACACGUACAUUGUUGGUGUUGUUGUGACAGCCAACAGCGGUACCAUUGCUCUGGGGAGUUUUGUUAUCUUGCUAAUCUCCUACAGCAUCAUCCUGGUUUCCCUGAGAAAGCAGUCAGCAGAAGGCAGGCACAAAGCCCUCUCCACCUGUGGCUCCCACAUUGCCGUGGUCAUUAUGUUUUUCGGCCCCUGUACUUUUAUGUACAUGCGCCCUGAUACUACCUUUUCAGAGGAUAAGAUGGUGGCUGUAUUUUACACCAUUAUCACUCCCAUGUUAAAUCCUCUGAUUUAUACGCUGAGAAAUGCAGAGGUAAAGAAUGCGAUGAAGAAACUUUGGGGCAGAAAUGUUUUCUUGGAGGCUAAAGGGAAAAAGUUGGACUUAAUAAUUUAA